GAAGAGGUCAUGGAGAGACGGAUCUGCGGAGUCCGACACAUGUGCGCUCUGACUCUGCUGCUGGUCUCCGUGUGUCCGCUCCGCUGCAGAGCCAGCUGGAUGUGGCUGGGCGUGACCUCGGCGGGAGUCCCGGAGAACCUGGGCUGCGCCGACCUGCCUCUGAGCCACAAACAGCGGGAGCUGUGCCGGAAGAAGCCGUUCCUGCUGCCCAGCAUCCAGGAGGGAGCCCGGCUGGCCGUCGCUGAGUGUCAGAGCCAGUUCAGACACGAGAGGUGGAACUGCUCCACCACCGAAGACCCGUCCGUGUUCGGAUACGAGUUGACGAGCGGAACUAAAGAAACGGCGUUUAUCUACGCGGUGAUGGCGGCGGGGCUGGUCCACGCCAUCACGCGCUCCUGCAGUCACGGCAACAUGACGGAGUGCGGCUGCGACACUCGGUUGCAGGGGGGCGGCUUGGCGGCGGAGGGCUGGCACUGGGGCGGCUGCUCGGACCACAUCCAGUACGGGACCUGGUUCAGCCGCAAGUUCAUCGACAACGCCGUCAAAAACAUGUCGACGAGCAGAGGAGGGUACACGCUGAUCACCAUGAACCAGCACAACACCGAGGCCGGACGACAGGCGAUUGACAGGACGAUGUCGACAGACUGUCGUUGUCACGGUGUUUCCGGUUCCUGUGCAGUGAAGACGUGUUGGAGGACGAUGGCGCCAUUUGAGCGCGUCGGCGUUUAUCUGAAGGAGCGAUACGAGCGCAGUGUUCAGGUGUCGGACCGCUCGAGGAGGAAGACGAGGAGGAAGGACCAGCGACGCCUCCCCGUGGACAAACACCAGCUCAUCUUCUUCAACAAGUCUCCCAACUACUGCCUGGAGGACCGACGGCGGGGCGUCUCCGGCACCAGAGGACGCCGCUGCAACCGGACGUCCGCCGGGUCGGACGGCUGCAACCUGCUGUGCUGCGGCCGAGGAUACAACACACACGUGGUGAGACACGUCCAACGCUGCGAGUGCAAGUUCGUCUGGUGCUGCUACGUCCGCUGCAGGCGCUGCGAGAGCAUGAACGACAUGCACACCUGUAAGUAAAGACAACAGCACACCUGAGGGUAAAGGUCACACCUGAGGGCAAAGGUCACACCAGCGAAUUAACCAGACUUUAGUAAAAAGAUUUGACUGUGCUGAGACACGCAGAUGAGUCAGUGAUGGACUAAUGCUAUUGGAUUUCUCUGCGACCAAUCGGGAACCUUUCCCCACCUGCCACACCUGCGCAGCAGACGACAGGCUGUGAUUGGUUGAUGCUGCAGAGGGGGAGCUCCAGAUUUUUCCAGAGUUUAUUUAUGAAUUGUUUCAGUGUCUCUACCCUCCCAUGAAGACUUUUACCUGGAUUGAUUUUUUUUUUACAGCGCCCCCAUCAGGACGUCCGUUUACGCUGCAUCGUGCUCUGCUGCAUUUUCAUGAAAUGAAAGCUCCCUGUGGACUUUUACAGUUUCUGUUUCAUUACUCAGUGUCUCACACAGAA